AUGGCGGAGAAAACCUGUCAUGCACCAUGGCUACCACUUGAAAACCCACAAGAAAAGACGACUUGGUGGGUCGUGUCUGGCAUGACCGGUGUGACUGUUUGGCAUUUUCUGCAUCACAGACUUACGCUCACGCCGUUUUUCUCUUGCAUGACCGUGGCGUCGGACACCUUCAUCUACAUCAUACUCGAAUAUGCCGGGAGAAACAGUCUUUUCGAGUACUUACCUGUGACAUGUAUGCGAUUUCGACAUCAUGAUCGUCAAAAAUUCUACUCUCCCGGGAUGAAAAUGAAUCACCACACACGCCGCGGCAGGGUCGCGCAUGUGCGAGCGCUUCUGUUUUUUCGUGGUGCAAUAAGAGCAACAUUUGCAGCUAGUUGAUACGAGUAUGAUUGUAGUUGUAAGUGUUUUGAAUCUUACUUGAACAACUUGUGUAGAGUUUACUGAUUGAUAAAACAGUCUGCUGGCCCACGAGCAAAGAAACUCGGGCGGACCAGUGGACGGCUUCCUCGCGCAGCGGCUUUUCUUGCACAUCACCGAGGGACUGGCGUACUGCCACGGAAGGUUUGUCUGUCACCGCGACUUGAAGCCGGAGAAUUUCAUAAUGGAGACGCCUAAGGACCAUGCGCGCUACAAUCCCGACCGGCCAUGGUCAAGUGACUCUUUGAAGAUUGCGGACUUCGGUCUCGUAUGCAUUGCAAAUAUGUCUGGACUAUUUGUCAUUGUCAUUGCAUGUUCAGAGCAAAACCAAAAGCAAUAAAAAACUUCUGAUGCUGUCAUGCCGUACAAGUAGAUGCUACUUAGUACUAUGUAUGCGAUGCAAGUAGCAGCAACACAAACUUCCAGACCCAGACAUAGUUUCAAAGCAUAUCUCGCCGCCACCUUGAAAGCGGGGCAGAGACUGAUGGCGCAGUGCGGCUCCAUGCCCUUUGCGGCGCCCGAAGUGAUGGCUGCAAAGAGCUACGACGGGUAUUUGUGAUUGAUUGUGGUGGAUAUUCGUCUUCACUUGUGCAAAUGCGCAGACAAGUUUGAAGAUAGUACUUACCAUCAACAUCAAGAUCAGCAUGUUCGCUGGGGUGUAUGUACAACACAAGAAAGUAGAUGAUGACCACGAUGAAAGUGUGUGUGUCUUUGUCUCACGUAAGUAGGUACUUGCGUCGUAGGGAAGAUGAGAAGUACAACUAUCGAUCCUCGAGGUGAGGUCCGCAGCUUCUGUGAAAACAAGGUUUAAGCUGGACGUGUGGAGCAUUGGCGUGGUUUUGUUGGAGCUGACGUGUGGCGUAAGUAAGAUGGAACGCUUGAUGCGGUGGCCGAUGGACGGGGCACUGUUUGCGGACGAAGAGAAGGCCCGGGAGAUCUUCCAAAGAACCUCUAACGAGGAAAAGUUUCGGAACGACAUCGUGCGCGACUUUCGACCCGACUACAUGCGAAAAGCCGGCAACGAGUCCAUCAAAAACCUCCUCAACAUGUUAACCAGAGAGCUGCUGGUAUGAUAUCUCGAGGAUAGAUACUCUAGCUACUAGUGUUGAUCUUCCGUGUUGUAAUUCCGUGGCGCGAAUCUGAAUCACAACUGGUGCUGGUAGCGGAUCUAGAUAGAAAAUUCAACCCUCGGGAUGAUUGGAUCUAGACGUAGAAACGAUCCCUCAGGUCUUCGACGAGGCAAGACGGUCCAGCAUAACGCAGAUCGAACAAAGCCCGUGGGUGGUCGACGCGAGACGCCGCGCAAAAGAAUGGGGUCGUUAGUGAGGCUGUCGCUGUCCUGCCCCCCGGGUGCGCUGCAAGAAUCGUAGGAGUACUGGUGGCCUGCUACCGCGGCGAGUACUAUUCACCAAAGUUUUUUUUCGACGAGCCUACGAACGUACCUCGGGUAGAGAUCAAAAGUAAGAUUGUCUUGUUCACUCGCGUACUAGCUUUUAUCUCUAGAAGGUUUUAGAACAAAUUGUUGAUUUCGUCCGCGCUCUUGUCGUCAACCACACACAAAUCAAUCGCUAACACUAAGAUAGACUCGAUGCUUAUAUCUAGACUUAUGUACAAAAGCAAAAAACUGAGCUGCCAUAGUUGUUUUGAUAAAUGAUACUGAUGAGCUACAGCUGAGAAAGCUGCUGUCGUGGUAGCAUGGUAGGAUGAGCAUCCUAUCCUCCUGUAAAAUUCAAAUUGAAGAUGCGACGAAAGCCAGCACUUGGAUAUCAGUAGUGAUAGCUACAUCUAGUACAGUACACCUAGUAUACAUAGUAAUUACAGGCUUGUCUUCCCUCUGAGACGGCCCACCUCCUGUGACGCAAGCAAAUUGCUCACGAGGUUAUUCUAGAGUAAAUUUCGUAAAGAAGUGUGCAAGCGAAACAGCGACUAGCACGGAGGUGCAUGAGUCAGGUCAGAAAAAAAAAAAACCUCUGGAAGAUACUUGAAGUUGGCUUACUAUGUAGUGCUGUCAUUCUUUUUGUCUGACUCUGAGUAGAUUAAUAUGUACAAAACCUGCGUAGAGGUAGUAACUGUAGCUGCUUUCUGCGUGGACUACAAUUAGGAUAAAUGAAAAUAAAGGAGACCAUAUGCAUUUCUUGAAGCGACGCUUGGUGACCCUGUAGUGAAAGCUGUAUGGGCAGCGGGAGGCGGCUUGUUCCGUUGAAGGGUGAGCCAGCAAGCCCUGCGGAUUUGGAGGAGUCAGGGAGCUCGUCCUUUGCUUUCCGUCGCUAUAGCAUGGCAAGGUCAGACCCGCUGAACUGUCACCACUGAAAACAAGCGUAAACAGUACAGGUCAUUGAACAUUGUCGCGAUUUUUAUCUGGUGACUUUCCCACAUGAUGAUAAUGGUGAUUGGCUGCCAGGCAGCACGACCUACACCUUUUCGUGCCAGUUCACGCAUCUCAUGUUCGGAAUCUGGGAGGCAGGAUGCAGUGGGAGUCUAUCGCGUUUCUGAACACUUGAUCCCGAC